ACACUCUCCGUACAGAUGUCUGCUGUACUGAGUCUUCGUCUUCUUAAAUGCUACUCAAAGCAAGGAACAUUUGGACAUGGGCCUACUCUCAUGCGCCCUUUCAGUGUCAGUAUGCAGAGGGAGGGUUAUAAGUACGUAAAUGCUCAGGAGCAGCCAACAGAUCUGAGAUCCAUCACUGACCGAGCUGCGACCACUCUCCUUUGGACCGAGCUUUUUAGAGGCUUAGCGAUGACCAUGAGUUACCUUUUCCGUGAACCAGCAACAAUAAACUACCCAUUUGAGAAGGGCCCUCUGUCACCACGCUUCCGAGGAGAGCACGCUCUGCGCCGCUAUCCCAACGGAGAGGAGCGAUGCAUCGCCUGUAAGCUCUGUGAGGCCAUCUGUCCAGCCCAGGCUAUUACCAUUGAGGCUGAGACCCGAGCUGAUGGCAGCAGGAGGACCACACGCUACGACAUUGACAUGACCAAGUGCAUCUACUGUGGGUUCUGCCAGGAGGCCUGCCCUGUUGAUGCUAUUGUUGAGGGUCCAAACUUUGAGUUCUCAACAGAAACUCAUGAAGAGCUGCUGUACAACAAGGAAAAGCUGCUCAACAACGGAGACCGAUGGGAGGCUGAGAUUGCUGCCAACAUACAAGCUGAUUACCUGUAUAGAUAAGCUGACCGUGUUUGCACUAUUCCAGUGAAGACACAGUGAACCAGGGGUCUCCAGCCUUGGUCCUGAAGAUCCUCUGUCCAGCAUGUGCGAGGUCUAUCCCUACACACCUAAAUGCAACGUCAGACUGAAUACUGACCCUUCUCAGGCGAUUUGUGAUACCAUAGUCAUUAGAUUCAGGUGUGCUGAAGCAAGGAGGGGACAAACAUGCAGGACAGGAGCUCUGUUGGACCAGAGUUGGAGAACACUGCAGUAAACCAAUAAACUCUAUAUGCAUCAAAGAGAUUAAUGUAGCUUUACAAAUACAAUGCUAAGUAAUGAGUUUUACAUUCAGUAUUAAGCCUUGUUGAAUAAGAAUAUAAACACGCACAAUGUAUCAGUCUUUUCUUGUGAGGAUGGGUGGAAUUGCAGUUUGGGAUGCUGAGUUUUGCACAUUCGUACGGGUGUCUAACUUGGCCUUUGAGGACUGGAGUCCUACAUGUUUAAGGUUUCUCCCAGUUGCAGUAAAUCUGAGUGGCUUUUGUGAGUGAUUUCCUUGAUGAUGACAACAUGCAGAACCCCAGUCCUCGAGGACCGCUGUUGGACACUCAUUAGACAAUAAAGCAUGCUAUAUGUGAUC